CAAACCAUGUCUGGAAGAGGCAAAGGCGGCAAGGGACUCGGAAAAGGAGGCGCCAAGCGUCACCGCAAAGUUCUCCGCGAUAACAUCCAGGGAAUCACCAAACCCGCUAUCCGCCGUCUGGCUCGCCGCGGCGGCGUGAAGCGUAUUUCCGGUCUGAUCUACGAGGAGACCCGCGGUGUCCUGAAGGUGUUCCUGGAGAACGUGAUCCGUGACGCAGUCACCUACACCGAGCACGCCAAGAGGAAGACCGUUACCGCCAUGGACGUGGUCUACGCUCUGAAACGUCAGGGACGCACCCUGUACGGUUUCGGCGGUUAAACGCACUCUCUUCGGAACCUCAACACCCCGACUCGAACCCAAAGGCUCUUUUAAGAGCCACCCACAUCCGCUUCAAAAGGGCCCAUUCCAUAUAGUGUUUUUUUUUUCAGUAUGCUAUUUAGUAGGAAAGUAUGAGCCACUUCGAGUGGACAGG